CCCGCCGGAACUCCAUUUGCACAUAGGCAUGGCGUGGGCACAGCGCGAGGUCAACAACGCGCUCUCGAUGAGCGACCUCAUGGAGAAGGCCAUGUGGGCGCCCGACGACAGCCGCGACGACUGCUACGUGUGCAGCCGCCACUUCAGCAAGUUUCGGCGAAAGCACCACUGCCGGCUCUGCGGCGAAGUGGUUUGCGCCAGCUGCCUCCUCAAGAAGCUGGUCGAAGAGACCACGCGCGUCGGGCUGCGCGAGGUCAAAGUGUGCAUGACGUGUCUCUCGACGACCAACGAGCGGCAGACCAAACCAUCGUCGUCGUCGCUCUCGUCGUCGUCGUCCAAGCUCGCGCCCGCUUCGCACAGCGGUGGCGCCAUCGAGCCCUAUGCCAAGCACGCAAUGGACUCGUCCAAGUCGAUGGAGUCGCUGGCCAAGGGCCCGCGCACACCACCGCACACCGAGACGACCAUUCACUACGACGACGAGGACGACGACCACCACCAUGCAACGCAGCACGACGACCAUGACCAUCUCGACAACUUUCGCUUCACGGUCGAGUACGAGCUCGACUUCAACUGGGUCUACCCGUGGCCGCGGCCGCCGACCUUGCGCAACGAAGUCGAGCGCCUCGACGCGCUGCGUGCACUGCGCAUCCUCGACACACCGCGCGACGACGGCUUUGACAGCGUCUGCGAGCUUGCGACCAACGCGCUGCAGUGCCCGAUCGGUGUCAUUAGCUUCAUGGACGACGACCGGCAGUGGUUCAAGGCGUGCAUCGGCCUCACCGAGCCGUCGAUCCCGCGCGACAUAGCGUUUUGCGCCCAUACAAUUCGUUCACAAGAGGCCAUGGUGGUCCCCGAUACGACCAAGGACCCGCGCUUUGUCCAAAACCCGCUGGUGACGGGCCCGACGCACAUUCGGUUCUACGCCGGCGCGCCGCUGAUUGCGCCGACCUUUGGCCAAGUCAUUGGCACCAUCUGCGUCAUGGACACGGUGCCGCAUCCGCGCUGCGAGGUCGCAACGCUCGAGAAGCUCUCGACGAUCGUCAUGAAGAAGAUUGCGCUCAGCAUGCCAGCAGCACCAAGUGCGUCCUUGCGGGCGUCCAGCGGCUCGACUACCAAUCUGCGCGGGUACUCGUCGUCGUCGGUCUCGACGGUUGCGUCGUCGACGUCAUCGAGCUACCCGAGUGACCCGUCCUUGGGCAACCUCGAGUCGAUGAUGCUGCAGCUGCUCUCGAAAGCCGCCGAGACCCAGCAUCAGCUCGCAACGCAAAAGCAACCCGCGCUCUUAUAGAAGAAAACCUCGUUCGUGUGUCUAACCUCGUAACUCGUGUCGUCCGUUGCUGUGCUUUUAUC